AUGGAGACGAGGGCUGUUUCUGUUGGACCGGUGAUUUUUCAACAGCAUAAUGGCAUGAGAUACUUUGGGUUCGGUAUGAAUGACUGUGGGUAUACAUCGAUAUGCGAUUAUGCUCCCCAGUUCGUUGGACAUGAACAGCAUGAUGCCCAUGAGUUGAUGAUGGUUCUCCUCGACGUUCUGCAGGAGGACUUAAACAAGGUUCAACUGAAACCCUACAUCGAACUAAAAGAUGCCGAUGGCCGUAUCGACGAAGUGAGUAAUUCCACAUUUUUCAAUUUCCCCACUUGUGUCAUUCGGCUUCCAAUUAUUACAAGGGCUUGCAUACAGCGAAAUGGUAAAUUCAUGUGUCUUUAG